GCCGUGCAAAUCGAAUCGAAACGAACACAAAGCCCCAAAAACCGAAAAAAGUGGAAAAAGGAAACGCGGAAAGCAACGGAAAAUUAGUCGGAAAAGUGAAUGCCAAGUGAACAAAUAUAAUCCAUGAAUCGCGACUGGGGCGAUGUGAAGAGUCGAGGACUCUAGUAAUUCUCUAUCUUAAACCAAACGAAAUAUUCCCAAAUAUACACAACUAUGCCUCCCAAGCGACGAAGGAGAUUCCAGGGGCUCUACUACCAUUCAUCGCCGCCCAAAGUCAUGCCGAUGAAUGGACAGACGGGUGGACAAAAUGGACGCAAGCGCCGCGACAACGAAGAUUUCUCGGUGAAGUUAUCCACCAUUCGGAUCUGGAUUCAUGAGAAGGACAUCGGCAAGCUGACGCGCAUUCUGUGGGCGGGCCAGGGCAACCGCCUCAGCCAGCAGGCCAGCAACAAUGGGCGUGUGAAGCGCUUCCUGGCCGCCGUUCCCCAUGUCAUGAAUGCGAUCAAGGAUCUGCACCAGGCCGUCAUCGACAACAGCCUGGAGACCGUGCAAGCGCAGCUGGAGCCACCGGUUCCCAGUGCUUUGGUCACCUGCAAGGACGGCAACGGCCUCAAUAUCAUCCACAAGGCCGCCGGGCUGGGACACACCAAGAUCCUUGAGAACCUGGUGGGCAUUUGGCCGGAGGGAGCCCACGAGACGGACAUCACCGGGAAGACACCGCUCCACUGGGCCGCCAGUGCCAAGAACAACAUGCGAUGCUACACCCUGCUCACCCAAGCGGGCUGCGAUGAGGAGGCCGUCGAUUAUAAAAUGAAGACACCCUCGUACUAUCGGCACAAGCCGCACGAAAUCGAGCGCGCCUUCCUGGUUUAUGUGCCGGAUGCGCCGCGCGUCUCCCCCGACAGCGCCACCGAUUGGGAGGCCUUGAGCGAUGACAGUGGAGUGGACAGCGGUGCGGGCGGGGAUGCCGGCUCCAAGAAACUGGACAUCAAGGUGCCGCCGUCGGUGAAUGGCCGCAAAUCGCUGGACGACAGCCUUGAGAACACCUCGGAGCUGGACACCAACGAUGGUACGAGUGCCAAUGACGACGAUGAGGAUCUGUCCAAGGCGGAUGCGGAGCCGGAAGCGGAAGCCGGCUCGCCAUUGCAGCGCCGACCGGAAACGCCGGCCACCUUCAACACGAUCAAUGGCGAUGGCGAUGGCGAAGUCGAUGGCGAUGACAGCGAGCCCGAGAAUAUUGCAAGAGCUGUAAGCGCGGAUGGAGGCGGAGAGGCUGAAGGAGACGGAGUUGGGCAGGAUGGAGGAGGAGAUGGAGAGGCGGCGAUCGUGCAGAAUGGCGGAGAUCACGGGCAGGAGCCGGAGCAGCAGGAGGAUCAGCCAUCUGAGCCCGAGGUCGUGGAGGUGGAGGCGGAGGUGGCAGAGCAGCCAGAGCAGCCAGAGGAGGAUGCCACUGAGAGUGAGCUUGAAGGAACCAAAAAGACUGAAGUGGAGAAGGAGAAUGAUGCUGCGGAGGAGGUAGCGAAUGGGCCGGAAAGUACCGCCGAGGAUGGAGAGGAGCCGGACGUGGCCGCCAUGUCCGUUGAGGAGAAGGAGGCCGAGUCAGAGAACGAAAACGAUGACGACGAUGAGGAUGUAAUAGCUUCGGACAGCAAAGGAGGAAAUCCGCAGGAGGAUCAGCAGCCGGGACAGGACUCACCGGAGGACGAUGGCAACGAGUCCCUGACAUCGGCAAUGGCCAUUGAGGGCUUUGUGCAGGGUGCACCCGAGGAUUUUACAGUUCAGUCUCAAACUGCAAUUGAUGAAAACGAACGCAUCAAGCGGAUUGUGGAGUCCGGAGACCUGGAGCAGCUGGCCGAGAUCGUGCUGAAUGGCGAGGGCGGCAGCCUGGUGGGUCUGAAGUCCCAAGAACCGGAAAUACAGGCCUUUCUCAACAACGUGCCCAGCUAUAUGGAGAAAAUACAUCGCGUGCAUGACGCGGCACGUGACGGAGGACUGCUGGCACUGCAGCAGGCUCUGGAUCGCCGGAAGUUUGCCAUUGCCAAGAACGACAUAUCGCCCAAUGGCUCCACGCCUUUGCACGUGGCCGUGCUCUUCGGCCACACGGACAUCGUUCGGUACUUGGCGUCGCGUUUUCCGGAGACCAUGACCAUUACGGAUAAUGACGGACGCACGGCGCUUCAUUACGCAGCCACAAUUAGGGACAACGGCCACUUCUACAACAUGCUCCUGCAGUUGGGCGCCAAUCCCAAAUCACUGGACAAGCUGGGCCACUCGGCCGAGUUAUACCUGGACAAGGACAAGGCGAAAAACAUUCUCAACUACACCGAGCUGCUCAACAUUUUCGGUGCCGAGGAACUGGAGAACCAGUUGCUCAACGACCAGGGUCAGGCGCAGCCGGUGUCCUUUCAGGCCAAUCCCAUCUUCAAGACGGAGCAGGGAAAAUAUCUGGCUGAUUCUCUCGCCGAUCCUUUGAUUAAGGCCCUCACUGAAAUAGCCAACAGAAGACCCAGGGACCCCGUGGCCUAUCUGACCAACUACCUCCAACACUUCAUGGGGGAUCGCAAGCCAAUGACCGAGGUGCAGGUCCACUCGGGGAGCAGCAAGGCCAGUACCAGUUCCACCUCCACCCUGGCUUUGGCCAAGUCGAAUGCCAGCUCAAACCAACGGAUGGUCGGCACUCGAAAUGGUCCUGGUCCCACCAAUGCGGAUCUCAUCGAACUGGACGCCAGAUCCCUGGUGGAGGAGGAUGCAGAGGGAGCUCUGGCGGUGCAGCAUAUGGAGGAGCGGGAUGAGCACGGCCAAAGUAUGCUGCACUUCGCCUGUGCCCGCUCCCAUCGUAGGGGAGCCCUCUACACUCUUAUUGAGGAGUCGGGCAUUGACGUCACCUACCGGGAUGAGUUGUAUCGCACGGCUCGGGACGUCUCGCUCCAAGCGAAUCAGCCCAACAAUGCGGCCGAGAUCGAUCGAUAUGUCCUGGCUCAGGCGGUUAUCGGCGACGUGGAACCCUUCGAACAAUUGGCUCUACAGGGCUAUGAUCACAUUCUAGACGUCGAGGAUGAAAGCGGUCAGUCCAUUAUCGAUGUGGUACAAUCCCGACAGAACGAAACUCUUAGCCAGUUCCUGAACAAUCUUCGUGGCUUGGAGGAAACUCGUGAAGAACUCCAUCAGAUGGUCAGGGAAAACAACAUGGAGCGAGUAAUGGAGCUGACCGAUGUUGCCAAUGCCAAGUGGUUAAUUAAGACCAAGAACUAUUAUGGUCGAACGGCCUUGCACAUAGCGGUGUUGAAGGAGUCAGAGGAAAUGGUUCAGCAUAUGGUGAAAAUCUGUCCUGAGGCUUUGAAAAUCCCAGAUAAUCUGGAACGCACUGUAUUGCACUAUGCAAUGGGAACGAACGCGCUGGAGAGCGUUAGCCGGAUUUUGAUUCAGAACGGGGCUAAGAGGACCGCUAAGGACUUAAAAGGACGACAGCCAAGCUAUUACUUCAUCAACAAAGCGGAUAUAUUACGCCUGCAGGAGGAGGAGGAGGAAAGCCGCUGAGCGAACGGGUCGAGCAAUAUGUAUAGUUUAGGGUAUUUUAAGCCGUUAUAUAGUCCAAUAAAGUACAAUAUAAAAAGGU